AUGUCCUCCGCCGAUCCUGAACAAUCCUCACCUGCCGAGCUGGCGGAGCGUGAGCGCGAGGAGAAGGAGCGCAAGGCCCGCGAGGACGCGGAACAGGCCCAGCUGCCUUACAAAUGGACCCAGUCCAUUCGCGAUGUUGACGUUACGGCGCCCAUCCCCGCCAACAUUAAGGGCCGGGAUAUGGAAGUGACCUUGACCAAAACGAAGAUUCGGGUUGCCAUUAAAGGGCAAGAUCCCAUUAUUGAGGGUGAAUUCCCCCACCCUGUUAUUGUUGACGAAUCUUCCUGGACCCUCGAGACCACCACGAAGCCGCCGGGCAAGGAAGUCAACGUCCACCUCGACAAGGUGAACAAGGUGGAGUGGUGGCCGCAUGUUGUCAAGUCUGCACCCAAAAUCGAUGUUACCAAGAUAACUCCUGAGAACUCGAGCCUGAGUGAUCUGGACGGCGAGACUCGUGCCAUGGUGGAGAAGAUGAUGUAUGACCAGCGGCAGAAGGAGGCGGGUGGCCCAACUAGUGAUGAGCAGAAGAAGAUGGAACUUUUGAAAAAGUUCCAGGCAGAGCACCCCGAAAUGGACUUCUCCAAUGCCAAGAUGGGUUAA